AUGUGGACACCACCAAUGCGACAGUAUGAUCCGAGGUCAGCCUCAUGUCCUUCAAUUCCACGACCCGAUCCUUUGCACACAAGUCAAAAGGCAUCGGAUAUAUUCCCACCCGAGGCUCCACCCGAUUAUUAUUACUAUGCGCAUCGUAGUACGCCAGCUGGAUCAUCAACAACAUCAUCGUCGACUGUGGUAGCUGAUGAAUCCAUGACAUCUGUGGUGACACACAAGGGGGCUAUCAGCAGCACAGGAAGUUAUGGAAGCGAACAAUCGGAAUGGCUACGUCGUCGUCGGCGGUUUAGUUCUCGUAGUCGCUUGAUAUUUUGUAUCAUUGGGAUGAUCGUGUUUCUACUUAUAAUCACAAGCACGAUCGUCUGGAUUGGCAACAUGUUUAUUCUUCCUCAAGUAGAAUACACAACCCGCUAUUCACAAAACACAGACCACCAUCACUCAUCUUCAACCUCAUCCAAUCACUCUACUGCCAUGCCAUAG